AUGACCAUCUACUUUCCUAUUGACGAAUCGUCCCUUAUUGCUGGCUGGGUGGAAUCCUUUAUAUGGGGUGUAUAUUCUGUCCUAUUCGGAUUAUCCAUCCGCCAGAUCGUCUUGAAUGGCUACUCCAGGUUUAACAAAGUGUCCACUGCUGCAAUAAUUAUCCUAUACUGUCUAGCAACAGUGCAUGCGUCCCUUGUUCUUGCGCGACUCAUACAAGGAUUUAUCGUAUAUCGCGAUACUAUCGGUCCUGUUGCCUACUUCUCGGGCGUGGGCUACAAGAUCAACCUCGCCAAGGAGGCCAUCUACAUUACCGCUAUAAUCCUUGGAGACUCGGUCGUUGUGUGGCGUCUUUAUGUGGUGUGGUCAAAGAAUAUAUGGGUGGCUAUGCUCCCUAUACUGUUAAUCCUGGGCACGGCAAUCACGGGAUACGCAUGCAUAGCACAAUGGGAGCUGCCCACAGUCAACUACACAGAUUCUGUGUUCUGGGCCACCGCUAUGUAUUCCAUCUCACUUUGCACCAAUGUAGUCGUUACGAUUACUACGGCUGCACGCAUCUGGUACAUGAUUUAUCAGACGGAAAGAAUACUCGGAGUGGUUGAAUCACGCUACUUCCGGGUUAUCAUGCUCAUUUUAGAGUCUGGUUUCAUCUUAGCCGCCGCCAAGGUCAUCGAGCUCACAUUGUUUGAGCUUACCGGCGACGAUGAAACGUACGGGGGAAAUAAAGCCGUGUGGAUAGUCCUGGAGUCCAUGCCACAGCUGAUGGGUAUACUACCGACUCUCAUCGUCCUGGCGGUCAACACCGGGUUCACGAGGAAAGAUGGAAUCUACACCGUUCAUCCUAUCGAACCCAUUGUCUUCGCGCAGACCAACCACUCCCGUCGACAUGGGGAAGCGGAUGCUACGCUCGACAACGUCUCUAUCGGCUCCUUAGUAGAAUUGGAGGACAUGGGAGACGCGCUCACGAAGAAAGUCCGUGGUCUCUCAGGUGUUGGCAUACGUGUCGAUGGUCUUGUACCUUGA